AAGCAAUUCAUCUGUUAUUAAGUACAUGUCUGAAUUUGAUAUAAUUAAAUGGAACAAAAUAGCUUUUGGCAUGCAGCCACAAGCUGGUUGGACUGGUCUGACUUCAACAUCCCGGCAGUAAUCCACAGGGUUUACACCUCCUUGGACAUACUUGUGAUGUUACUACCCUGUGUAGAUGUGUGUGUACGUAUGAGACAGAGGUAACUGCAGUCUUGUCGUGGGACCACAAGGUGUAGCUUGAAGAAGAGCCUUGAGACGUCUUUGAGCCAGUCUGGAGAACCACAACUGUGGAAUAGCUGGAGGCCUGAGAUUGGUUCCGCUUGUCAGUGUGGGUGUACAGCUACAGCACCAUGUCCUUCAGGGAGACAGAGGAGGAGAUGACUGUUGACCCGGAGGAGGAGAUGAGGGAAGAGACGUUUCUCAAAGACCUCUACCAGUUCAUGAUGAAGAGAGAUUCACCUAUAGAAAGAAUUCCCCACCUCGGCUUCAAGCAAAUUGACCUGUUUUUGAUGUACAAGACUGUGGCAAAAAUGGGUGGCUACCCCGAGGUGACUUCCCAGCAGCUGUGGAAGCAGGUGUACAGCACCCUGGGAGGGAACCCGCGCAGCACCAGCGCAGCCACCUGCACCCGCAGACACUACGAGAAGCUCAUCCUGCCGUAUGAAUGUCAUGUAAAAGGCAAAGACUACAUGGAAGUCGUACCACCCCGUCCCAACAAGCGUUUCUACUACAACAGCCAGAGACAGAGUGCGGAUGAGGAAUGUCCCAGGGUGAAGAUGAAGACGAACCACACACCCCUCUUGCAGACCUACCCGAUGGACUCCACUGUGAGGGUCAUGCCUGUGAGCUACCAUCAAUUCUAUCCCCCCGGCCAUCUAACUCUGCCUUCCUAUGUGCCCUUGAUGCCACCCAAAGUCUCCCGUUCCGUGCCCCAAACUGCCCCUCAGGCUCCACUGCCCUCCCCACCCCCUCCACCCCCUCUGGGCCCCACAGAGAGGGUCCCCCAGCCCCUGGAACACCUACGCUACCUGGCAGAAAGAUACAACCGACAUAUCUCCCAGCCCCUUGACCUGAGGCGCAAGGACUCCAGUCCAGUUCCCUGCAACAACCCGGCCUCGUCCUUCACCCCGACCUCCUCCAUGAAGCCAAAGUUUCUAAACAGAGUCUCGCCUCUCUAUCAGGCCACGGUUCUUGCUCGAGAGGAGGGCUGUGAGAGGCCCAAGACAGAGGCGGGCAAGAGCUCUCCGGUCUAUUUCACGGACCCCCCGAUAAGCAGGGAUGGCUGCGUCAUUGACCUCACCUACAGCAGGUCCUCCCGAAGCCCCGGCCAUGCCCCCGCCACCCCGGCCCAAUCGGGGAGCCCCAUCCCCCAGCUCAGAGACGGGCCCUGCGAUCCCUCCAUGGUUCACCCACUCAAGCCUCUCCAAACCCAGGCGCGUCCAGAAUUGCGAACACAGGUGAAAGAAGAGAGCGCCCAAACCAGUUCAGGGCCUCUCAAUCUCAGCCGUUCUCACCCCAGCCCCCCCAGAGAGUCUGCAGGUAGAAUGGAGAUCCAGAUUCCUAUUGCGUUACUCCACGACUGGAUUAAGGAAGGCCUGCUGUGUGGUCCCACAGCUUCCGGGGUUGGAAAUCUGUCCCUCCAAACCUCCACAGGUCCAACCUCUUCUCACACCCCAGGCCCAAAGCAUGGGGAGUGGGCACAGGCCUGGCCAGACAUCCCCUCCUCUAGAUCUGACCCCACCAACCCGCCCUUUCACCACCCUUAUGUCGCCCAACAAAUGGCGAAUCGGAGCCCAAGGGAGAAGAUAGAUAGGGACCGAAGCGUGCAAAGCCACACCGCCACAAACGGUGACCUGUCCCCAACACCCGCCUACAGUCCCCACAGCUACAAGCCGAUCCCAUCCCAGGGCACUUGGGAUGUUCGCAGCCGGGAUGUAUAUCGCUGGGCGGAGCAGGACGCCAGAAGGCCAUACCACGCCAAGACCAUGCAGCACCAGACACCACGAGACAGAAACCCCAAAGAAAACCCCCAACCACUGGAGCAGGAUGACCAAGGCCCAAGAUCCCCGGUGUCCUCUUGCUCUCUGGGGACUCUAACUCCAGAGGAGUUCGUGAAGCUGAAGAGACUCAUCUCCAGCUCUUGAGUGACGGGCUAAGCAACACUGCAACUCUGCGGCUCGCCAGAAGAAGACAAGCAACUCUGCGGCUCGCCAGAAGAAGACAAGCAACUCUGCGGCUCGCCAGAAGAAGACAAGCAACUCUGCGGCUCGCCAGAAGAAGACAAGCAAUUCUACAGCUCACCAGAAGAAGACAAGCAACUCUGCGGCUCGCCAGAAGAAGACAAGCAACUCUGCAGCUCUCCAGAAGAAGACAAGCAACUCUGCGGCCAGUGCCGGUCCUAGCACAUUUGGCGCCCUAGGCAAGGUUUGUCUCUACCCAGCUCUACAAACGGGAAGGUUAAUUUAAUUGUAUGCACUCGUGAAUUUGACGCCCCCUCUUCAUACCGACCUGGGCUAUCUAUGUCGCCUGUAGGAAAGUAGUAGUAUACAGUAUACACCCUCACGGAAUAUCUUAAAUGUUAAAUGUUUCGCCUAAAUGUUAAAAUCUACUUCUGACACGUGUCAGAGUAUCAAAUCAAAUGAAUUUGUAUAGCUCUUUUUUUUUUACAAGCAAUGUCAAGGAGCGCUUCACAUAGGAGUGCUCCUAAACUAUUGAGAGGACAUUUUUGUUCUCAGGGUUCUAAACAUGUGAAGCAGUAAAACGUUAAAAUUGCUAGCAUUUACAUACUAUAUGAAAGAUGGAUGAGAGAGUCUGUAGUCUAUUGAGUAUUGUAAAUAUUGUGAUAAAUAUAUUGGGGUUCAUACAGCAACCUUUUAAGCUAUAUUUGUACAACUAAUAAGCAGGGAGUCAGGUGGCUGAGCGGUUAGAGAAUCAGGCUAGUAAUCAAAAGGUCGCUGGUUCGAUUCCUGGCCGUGUCAGAUGACGUUGUGUCCUUGGGCAAGGCACUUCACCCUACUUGCCUCUGGGAAUGUCCCUGUACUUACUGUAAGUCGCUCUGGAUAAAAGCGUCGGCUAAAUGACUAAAUGUAAAUGUUUUGGAAAACUGGUUCUGUAUUUGGUUUCACAACGACCAGGACCAGCUUUUACAUUCUUGAACUGAAAGCAACUGUAAAGGUUGAAUUGUGAUUCAAGAUUCAUAUUGUGAAUAGCUUUUCUAUUGUAAUAUUCAGCAACAUAUUGUGGCAAGUUUGUAAAUAUGAACAAUAACGUUUUUUGAUACUUUUUACAAUGUAAUGAUCCAGCGUUUAAUUAAAAGUUUUUGGAAUAUAUUCCAACAAUGAUGGAUGAAAAUACAGUAUCAGACAUGUCAUUACAGCAAACAUCACCAGACCAUUAUUUGAAGAUCACACAGAGAAACACGCAGUCACAAACCAAUGGGAAAGCCUCAUGUUAAUGAGAUGAUUUCCUUGCUAAUCAGGAAUCAAUUCUAAACCUUUCUUUUGACACAAGCUACUGUAUGCUUGUUUGAUUGUGUCAAGACGUGAGGGCUAUUUUAAGGAUUUACAGAACACCAUCGCAUGACUGACAUCAUUAGGCUCUGCUGUCCUACAGUUCACAGGAAGGAAUGUCUUUUGAACAGGUGGGUACAAUCGACAGAAUGCCACCAGGAAGAUCAUUAUUAUUUCCUUCACACCUGUGGUGUGAAGGCUUUUUGCUUCCUUGUUCCCUGAGCGUAUUCUGAGUAGUGUUGAUGAGGCAUCUUCAAAUCAUCAGCUCAUUGACGCACAAUGUACUGAUGCUUCCCGAUUGGGAAUGGGUGAAGGGGCAAAAAUAUAAGGACAGACCAUUUCUUGAAGUAAUACCACACGUAUCAUUUAUGUCAUAAAGUAUGACAGCCCGCACGAUGCCUUGCUUGUUCAUACACACUAAGCAUUUAUGCUGGUUUAGUUUACAGUAAUCCCAGAGUACGACACUAAUCUUUUAAGAUCACAUUUUUAUCUAAUCAUCCACUGUGGCAUCUUGGCAGGAAGGAAGGUGACAUUGUGAUUCAAACAAAUUCUAAAAUGUGUAUGCAUAUAGCAGGUACUGGAUUGUUGUUUGUUAUUUUGUUCUGAAUAUUUAGAUAAUGUCCCACAGAUGGAUUUGCACAAAGAACUUUCCAAUUCAAGUAAAUGUGUAUUUAGUGUAACUCUGGAGACUGUGUACACAGUACUAACAAUUACAAUAUGCCACCUGCCUAAUAAUGUAAUCCUGUUUUUUCCCAGUUGAUCCCACACACAAUAUCUGGUAUAUUGUUGACAACGUCCUAAGACAUGUUUUCUUAAGUUGGAAAGUUAUCCAUGCAAACCCAAAAGGUGAGGGAAAAGUAGGAAUAAAGCAAUUCAUUUUUUUUUUUACAAUAUAAAGUACUUCACCUGACAAACAUGCCAUUUUUGUUUCCCAAUACAGAUCAUUUUGGGGGUAAAGGACACGUUAUUAUUUAUAGUCUUGCAACAUGACAGAAUAGUGGAUCCCGACACAUAUUUAUGGAUUGUAUUUUUGUAACGUGAAAGUAUUUCACACUCAAUUAUGAUUCCAGUCUGUGCCAUUUCAAGUUCCAGAAUGUAUGUUUGGGAAAAUGACACUUGAGUUUUCUUUU